AUGACAUCUAUGCUGCUGCUAAGUAAUGGAAAAAGAAUAAAAGUGGGGCUCUGGAAAUACCUUUCUUUAUUUCUUUUAGAUGAUUUACUCAUUUACUUUAACCUGAAAUUGAAAUAUCUUAAAUCCAAUAAUAUCUAUCUAUCUACCUCAGUCUGUUCAUAUCUAUCUAUCUAUCUAUCUAUCUAUCUAUCUAUCUAUCUAUCUAUCUAUCUAUCUCAGUCUGUUCAUAUCUAUCUAUCUCAUCUGUUCAUAUCUAUCUAUCUAUCUAUCUAUCUAUCUAUCUAUCUAUCUAUCUAUCUCAGUCUGUUCAUAUCUAUCUCAGUCUAUCUAUCUAUCUAUCUAUCUAUCAGUCUGUCUCUAUCUAUCAUCUAUCUAUCUAUCUAUUCAUAUCUAUCUAUCUAUCUGUCUAUCUAUCUCAUCUGUUCAUCUAUUCUAUCUAUCUAUCUAUCUAUCUAUCUUUUCUGGGAGUAUCCAUGUAUGUGUGGGUACAUUACCAUAACACUAUCUAUCUAUCUAAAUCUGUUCAUAUCUAUCUAUCUAUCUAUCUAUCUAUCUAUCUAUCUAUCUAUCUAUCUAUCUAUCUGCCUGUCUGUCUAUCUAUCUCAGUCUGUUCAUAUCUAUCUAUCUAUCUAUCUAUCUAUCUAUCUAUCUAUCUAUCUCAGUUAA